AUGGCUCCGUUCUCCGUAAAAAGCGCAGCAUGUCCCUGGCAGCGCUUCGCUGCCGUGCAACCUCGCUUCGAUCCGUCAAUCACCGUCAGCGUGCGAAAUCAAACUGCGGAUUUCCCACGAUCGCGUGUGCGACAUACUGCGGAUUUUCCACGAUCGCGUGUGCGACAUACUGCGUCGAGCAAUCGCCCGAAUCUGGAACGAUCUGUUCGGCACGACAGGGAUUUGCGAUUCUUUUCACUGCAAGAUCCCUUCUGCUCUCAGAGGUUCUACUCAAGUCCACCAUUGUUUCAGACUUCUCAGAGGCUAUUUUCUAGAAAUCGCCUGUCCGAUGGAGGCUCUGAGCAAUUUACAAAUCAAAUGCCGUCUGCUGGUCGAACGGGUUGCACCUGCCGAACGGCUAUUAGCGCAGAGUCGCGUGCUUAUUACGGGAACUUCGCGCGUCCGAGAAGGCGACUGGCUCCCGCGAUUUCAGCGCGGUUCGGCUCCGGAGACGAUGCAUCGGGACCUUUCGCCAAGCUGGCUUCUCUGAUCCCGACUCCUUCAACUCCCAAGUCUCCCACCACGGCGACUCCGACUCGUGAAUCUUCCAGCACGGGGAAGGGGGAGAGUGUAACAGGCGAUUUUGCAGCAGAAGAAGCAGAGACGCAGGUCGGACAGCGUGCUAGGGAUGCUUCUGAUACAGGGAUGGACGGCGGAGCCAGUGCUGGGAGGGAUUCAAGUAGCAACGAGCUGCAGCAGCAGCAGCAGCAGCAGCAGCAGCAGCAGGCGAAGAGACAGGAGGAGCAGGUAACGAAGCGGACACAGCAGCAACCGAAGCAGCAGCAGAAACAGCAGCAGCAGGUGGAAGGAGAAGGGGGCUCGGCAGGGGUGAGAGGGGGUUCACGGCUAGAAGGAGUGCGGGGGGAUGGCAAGGGAGGAGCAACAGGUGCCGAGGGUGAUUCUAACGGUGGACUCCCUGGGAAUCGUCAGAAGCGGCAGCGAGGAGAAGUGGCAGCAGGGAGCAGUCAGGGAGGGGUGGGAGCAGUAGGGCAGGAGCGAGGGGCGAAGUCAGGGCAGAAGGAGAAGCGAAAGGGGCAGGCAGGAAGCGGGUUGGGGUAUGUGGAUCAGCUGCGGAUGCUGCAGGCUCAGAUGCAAGGAGCAGAGAGUAAACCAGCGGAGAUUAAAUCAGCAGAGGUGAAAUCAACGGAGAAGCAGCAGCAGCAGGAAGUGCCUUUUGAGUCGACUCAAACGAGACACGGGACAGACGGCAGGAAAGUAGAAGCUGUUCCUGUCCCGACUGAGGCGAAGCGCGGUUGCUGCAGCCCCAUGGAGUCUAAGAGCACCUGCGCCGCUUCCCCCGCCGCUGCGACCGGCGGCGCCGGGAGCGACGUGACGCAUGCUGACAUCAGCGAGUAUUACGGGAAGACGGUGCAGAAGCAGGCGGAUCUGCAGACGUCAGCGUGCCUGGUGAAGGGCGGCUUGGGGGAGGACAUUCGCCGCCUGCUCAGCAACGUCCACGAUGAGAUCUUGGCGAAAUUCUACGGCUGUGGUUCGCCCAUCCCUCCCCUACUCAAGGUACAGUGGUGUGAAAGUGAGGGAUGCACGGUGCUGGACUUGGGGUGCGGAACAGGGAGGGACGUCUACGUGGCAGCUCAGCUUGUGGGGCCCACAGGCCAGGUCAUCGGUGUCGACAUGACAGGUCAGCAAGGAUAUCAAUGGGGGGACGAGCAGCUGGCGGUGGCACGGAAGCACGAGGAGUACCAUCGGGAGAAGUUCGGAUUUGCCCAGUCCAACGUGUCCUUCAGGAAAGGGUUUAUAGAGGAUCUCAAGGCUGCUAAUGUCGAGGACAGCUCAGUGGAUGUUGUUGUUUCAAACUGCACCAUCAACCUCACGCCCAUCAAGUUGCCCGUCUUUUCCGAGAUCGCCCGUGUGCUCAAACCGGGCGGCGAGCUCUACUUCUCGGACAUCUUUGCCGACCGCAGAAUCCCCCAGCACCUGCGACAGGACAAGGUUCUCUUCGGCGAGGGCUUCAGCGGUGCCCAUUACUUGGAGGAUUUCCGCCGCCUCAUGGCCUCUGUGGGUCUGGGUGCGUGGGGAGUGGUGGAGGCUCGACAGCUCCACGUGGACAACCCCAAGAUUGCCGCCCAGAUCGGCCCGAUCAAAUAUUACAGCUUCACUGUUCGGGGGGUGAAGCUGCCCGAAGGGGAAGGUGAGGACCUGCCCGAGAAUUACAGGCAGACAGCGACAUAUUCUGGGUCUAUUCCAGAGCGAGCGGGGAAAUUCACCCUGGACGAUGUGAGGGUGUUCAAGGCAGGUGUACCGACACCUGUGGAUGCUACAACUGCUGCCAUGCUGACGAAGUCUCGCUACAGCAGUGUGUUUACUGUGACUGAGAAGGGGGCUCACCAGGGGGUCUUCACUGGGUGGCCAAGAUUUCCGGCUUCGGUUGCUGGUGCCUGGUGGUCUGCCACUGUAGAGAAGGCGAAAUCUGGUUGCUGUUAA